AUGGAUCGUGAAUUUUGGUUUUUUGGAGCUGAGACUCCUCCUAUUAAAGAAUUAAAAGUCCCUUUGAUAGAUCCAAAGGUAGCACUAGAGGAGCCUUUAGGAAACUACAAUUUCGAUCAAUCUCCUAAAUUUUCAGCAAAUCAAGGUCUUGCAAAAUAUUGCCCAGUCUGUACCGAGGAAUCUUCAGAAAUGGUUUGUUUUCCUUCCUGCUUCCAUUCCUUCUGCAGAAAUUGCCUAAAUUCUUAUUUAGAGUACAGAGUCUCCGAAGGUAAUGUAAAAUCUGUGCCUUGUCUUCAAGAUGGCUGUCCAUAUGAAGUUCCUGAAGAAAUCAUAUAUUCGACACUCGCUUCGUCAAUUGCAGAAAAAUACAAAAAAUUCAAACGAAAGGCUAUACUGGAAUCAAACCCAUACUUGCGAUGGUGCCCAGUUCCUGAUUGUGAAGGCUGGGAUACAGGAAGCACCAAGAAACGAAAGCUAAAGUGCAAUGUCUGUGGCUCGUAUUAUUGCUUCUAUUGCAAUGAAAAAUGGCAUGGAAGGAAAAAAUGCAAAAAUAAUUAUGAUUAUAAAUUUGAAAAGUGGGCUGAAGGAAAUAACGUAAAGUUUUGCCCUAGGUGCAGGCUUAGAGUUGAAAAAAAUGGAGGAUGCCCUCAUAUGAGCUGUAUUAAGUGUGGAUACCACUGGUGUUGAAAUUGUGGGAUGGAGGUUGGAGACCCAAAUCACAAUGAAUUCACAUGCUUGGUAGGAAGGAAUUAUUUCGAGCUUUAUUGAUAUAUCAUUUUCUGCAUGAUUUUUGCACCAGUGCUUAUGCCGUUUGGGGUGUUUGUAUUUUUAUUUAUUUCAGCAGAAAUAUAUGGAGAGAAUUUUACAGAUGUGCCAGCUUUUAACUGGCUAUUUCGUAAAAAGUGAAUAAUUUAUACUCUGGCGUUUCUAGUUUCACCUAUUGUGGAGCUAUUUGGAUUAGCUAUUGGUGGGCUUGCUGUAGGAUAUGUGAUAUCAUAUGAUGUGUGUUUUAAUAGGGACUGCUCUUAUUUCAAGUGCCUUUUUUCUUUUAUUUUCGGAACUGUAGUAGGAUCACUUAUUAUUGCUUUAUUGGCAAUUGGAGUGCUGAUCAUCAUAUCAUUAAUACCAGUAGCAGGCGCAUUUUUUCUUGUGGCCAAAGUAUUUUUUAUUAUUAAGAGAAACUAUAAGCAAGAUGUAGAUACGCGACAAUAUCCCCGAGCACUUGUUAUGGUUUAA